AUGUCUAAUGUUGAGAUAAGGUCGGCUAUUCAUAAUUUGACUCAAGUGUUGGCCACUCAAGUUGCUAGGGAUGCUAGGGUGCAAGUGAACCCCAAUGCUAGCACUACCGCUUCUAGGAUAAGGUCGGCUAUGCUUAUCCCAAGCAUGGACAUUUCUCGUCUUAUGGUUCAUGCCGAACAAAUUGAGGAGCAAAAGCUUAAGAAAGUUGGUAGAGAAUUAAAGAGGUCAAGGGCCGAUGAUGGAAAUUCUUCUAAUGUUAGGUUUGAAAUCCAAAAUAAGCCAAUGUUCAAACAGAGGUUUUCCAACCAAGGUCCUCCUAACACUCCAAGGGUCAACAAAGGUAAAGUGUCUACCCCGAAGCCUCAAGAAACAAAAUGUGGUGGUCCUUAUGUUGAGAAGCCUAUUUGCACAAAGUGUGGCCGAAAACAUGAAGGCAAGUGCCUUGUUGGCACGGGAAAUUGCUAUGGUUGUGGUAAGAGCGGCAACAUGAGGAGGGAAAAUGCUCAAGCACAAGCAAGUGGCCCAAAUCCCGAUGCUCCUAAGAAGAAUCGAUUCUAUGCUCUCCAAUCUCGAGGUGAUCAAGACAGUUCUCUGGAUGUUGUGACCGCCAUCAUUGUUGAUUGUUGGUUGCUCUAG